AUUUGUUCUCUGUUCGAACCAUGGUACGCUCCCUCUUUUUCCUUCCCUGCAGCUUCAUUGCAUGCUAUGCCUUAGGCUUGGUCCCCCCGGUCUUUAUUCGUCGGGUUCGAGCUACGACGCAGUUAUACGGCUUGUUCGACUUUAACCCUUUCAAAGGGUCUGGCUCGGGUGGUAACCAAGACUUUCUUGACGAGCAAUGGGAAGCCCAACAAGCAAUAUUACGCGCGCGACAAGGGCAGUUCACCAAGGAAGAUCUCCAGAAGAAGUACAAACCUCAGCCCAAGGAAGAUUCCGCUGAUACUGAAGGUGUGCCUACUCCGUCGAAAAAUCGCGGUGAAAGCAGCUCCUUCUUUGCUGAGGUAAAAGAACCUCCCGUUCCACAAAAAGUUGGUAGCCCUUUUGAUAUGAAAUUUCCCUGGGACAAGAAGUAGAAGCACACGAGAUUAUUAUCGUCGCAAGGUCACAAUGCGAUGAUUGUAACAUUAGUAAACUAUUAGGUUUUCGUCAGAAAUU